UCCAAUCAAUAGAACUGGUUUGUGGUCCAUCGAAAUUGGCAAUUGAAAUGUUGCGUGUGACGCUGCUUACACUGAUCGCACUGCUUGGGCUGACCCAAGCGCUGCCACUCGAUGAUGUGGAGUCGUCAUUGUCACCGGUUGCAAGCGAACUGCCGGAUGGCAGCGGGCGGGUGGUCUUCGAUCAGCGGCAGACGGGCAAGUACAACAUACACGUUAGCAUCAAGGAUGUCGCCAUCAUCGAGGUGGGUCAGAACGAUCUGUCAGAUGGUGCGUACAACGAUGCGGAGGAUUACUACUACGAUGACAGUGCGUUGACCAUCAAACCCAUCAAGUUCUCGACUGAGGCCAUUGGCAGUAGCACCAGCAGCAGCAGCGCCAGUUCCACAGAAGCAGCUGCCACAACAUCCACAGAGCACCACAUCCACAGCACCACCACAGAGUCGCCGACUGCCACUACCUUAAAGGAAUCCACGAUGACAACUGUGGCCCCUUCAUUGAGCAGCUUAAAUGGCAGCUCAGCCUACAGCUCGAAUCUCUUGGCGGAUAUUGCCGCCAGCAGGAUCAGGCCCAAGUCCAGGCUUAACAAUCUCAUGAUUGUGGAGACGCCAAUUGGCGGCGCCCGACCCGCGGCUGUGCCGCACCUGCCACAUCCCAGAUCCAAGGAUAUUCCCAUUAUGGCUGCCGCUGCCGUGACACGACCCUCGCAGCCGCAAGCCAUUGAGUACACGCCCCCGCAAGGCCACAACUCGCCCAUUUUCAAGGUGAAAGUUCAACGAUCUGCAGUGGCGCCCAACAAGAAGCCCGCCGCCCGCUGUCGCUCGCAUCAGACACGAAAUGCCCAGGGCAAAUGUGGCGACUCGAUCUACCGUCGUCUGUACAGCAUGCUGAUGGGUCUCAAUAUACCUGGUCUAGUCGGUGCACCACCCCACGCUGCCGCUACCGCUGUUGAUGCUGCCUAAUGCGAUCAGCCUGAAUCUCUUUUUAAAUUACCAUUUCAAUGUAGUUUACACUGUCAAGCAUAGACGUUAAGUGCCACUAAAUUGUAUCUGCUUGAGCAGA